AUGUCCUCCUCCGCCGCCUGUAUCUUCUGCAAGAUCAUCAAGGGUGAUAUCCCUUCUUUCAAGCUCUUCGAGAGCGAUAAGGUCUUUGCCUUCUUGGAUAUCCAGCCUCUGAGCCGCGGCCAUGCGCUCGUGAUUCCCAAGUACCACGGCGCGAAGCUCACUGAUAUCCCCGACGAAGACCUGCUAGAGAUUUUGCCCGUUGCAAAGAAGAUCGCCAAGGCUAGUGGCGCGACCGACUUCAAUAUCCUGCAGAACAACGGUCGCAUUGCGCACCAGGUCGUUGACCACAUCCCCAAGCCCAAUGAGCAGGAGGGUAUGAGCAUCGGCUGGCCCACCCAGGCAACGGAGAUGGACAAGCUCAAGGCUCUGCACGAGGAGAUCAAAGCUAAGAUGUAA